AUGAUUCUGUGUUGCAUACAAUCAAUAAUUGACCCACCCUUUUAUAAAACAAAGUUUUCUUUUAAAUUUCUCACACAAAUCAUAUUUGAAUAUAUACAAAGAAAGCUAUCUAACAUGGAAGCACUUCAGAAACCUCUCGCUGUAAUUCUUUUUUUGAUUAUCAUCUUGUGCGAUGUGCCUCUGGCAAGAUCAAAGAAUAGAGAGAAUAAUCAAACUACUUACAUUGUUCAUGCUGCCAAAUCCAUGAUGCCAACAAGCUUCAACCACCAUUCAAUCUGGUACACAUCAAUUUUGAAGUCAGUAUCCAAAUCAGCUGAAAUGAUCUACACCUAUGAUAAGGCAAUAAAUGGAUUCUCGACAAGUUUGACAGUUGAAGAACAUCGGUUACUAAAGAGCCAACCAGGGAUUCUAAAGGUGACACCAGAUAAAAUGUACAAACUCCACACAACUCGGACACCAAAGUUUCUUGGGCUCGAUAAAAUUUCUAUCUCGCUCCCUACGCUAGACAAAAGUAGUGAUGUAAUCGUGGGAGUCCUUGACACGGGUAUAUGGCCCGAAAGCAAGAGCUUUGAUGAUACUGGAUAUGGGCCAAUUCCAAGCAGUUGGAAAGGAAUAUGUGAUACAGGUAUAAAUUUUACAACAUCUAAUUGUAAUAAGAAAUUGAUUGGUGCUAGGUUCUAUCGAAAGGGUUUCGAGGCAUCUAUUGGUUCAACUGAUGAAACCAAAUUGCCUAAAACACCUCGAGAUGAUUUUGGCCAUGGAACCCACGCCGCGAGCAUAGCUAUUGGAUCUCCGGUGAAGAACGCAAGUCUUUUUGGAUUAGCCAACGGGACCGCGCGUGGGAUGGCGAUUGGUGCUAGAGUUGCUAUGUACAAGGUUUGUUGGUUAGGAGCUUGUCGUAUGUCUGAUAUAUUGGCUGCAAUAGAUCAGGCCAUUGCCGACAACGUCAAUAUUCUGUCAUUGUCGCUUGGAGAUAUACCACUUGAUUACUUUGAGGAUAAUUUAGCAAUUGGAGCCUAUGCAGCAAUGGAGCAUGGCAUUCUAGUUUCAUGCUCUGCGGGGAACUCCGGUCCUAGUUCUUUGAGUGUCACUAAUUUAGCACCCUGGAUUACAACCGUGGGAGCUGGAACACUUGAUAGAGAUUUCCCUACAUACAUCAGGCUUGGAAACGGACAAAAUUAUUCAGGUGUAUCCUUUUAUAAUGGAAAAUCUUUUCCCGAAACUCUCCUGCCGUUCAUAUAUGCAGGAAAUGCAAGCAAUGAAGAAGGAAACAAUGAUGGAACAUGUCUUCCAGGUAGUUUGGCUCCAGAAAAAGUAGCGGGAAAGAUUGUAUUGUGUGAUCGUGGAAAGGUUGAAAGGGUGGAGAAAGGAAGUGUAGUGAAAUCUGUUGGUGGUUUGGGCAUGGUGUUAGCCAACACUGAGAAGGAUGGAGAAAGACCUAUGCCUGAUGCCCAUAUUUUUCCAGCAACUGCAGUUGGUUUCACAGAUGGCGAAGCCAUCAAGAAAUACUUGUUUUCUGAUCCAAAAUCGACGGGUACAAUUGUGUUUCAAGGAACAAAGCUUGAGGUUAAACUGUCUCCUACGGUUGCAUUUUUCAGCUCACGAGGACCCAAUUUAAUAACCCCGCAAAUACUGAAGCCUGAUUUAAUUGCGCCAGGUUUUAACAUUUUAGCAGCAUAUCCAAAGAAUUUGAGUCCUACAGGUUUGACUUCAGAUCCUAGGCGCGUAGAUUUCCACAUUAUGUCAGGAACAUCAAUGUCAUGUCCACAUGUAAGUGGACUAGCAGCUUUGAUCAAAUCGAUUCAUCCAGACUGGAGCCCAGCUGCCAUUCGAUCUACGUUGAUGACAACCGCUUAUACGGCUUAUAAAAACAAUCAGACAUUAUUGGACGACGCAACUAAAAAGCCAGCAACUCCAUUUGAUUUUGGUGCUGGACAUGUUGAUCCUGUUUUCGCACUAAAUCCCGGGCUUGUCUAUGAUUUGAGAGUGGAUGACUACUUGAGUUUCCUCUGUGCAUUGAACUACUCACCUGCUCAGAUUGAAAUUGUAGCGAGGAGAAAGUACACGUGCGAUCCAAAUAAACAAUACAGUGUAACAAACCUUAAUUAUCCUUCAUUCGCUGUGGUCUUUGAUGGUGGAAAUGAUGAGAUUAAACACAGUCGGACUCUUACCAAUGUGGGUGCGGUAGGAACAUACAAGGUAUCAGUUAAGUCAGAUGUUCCAUCUGUCAAAAUCUCGGUUGAACCAGAAGUGUUAAGUUUUAAGAAAAAUGAGAAAAAAUCAUACAUAGUUACAUUUACUAAUUCAACUCCGAAACAAAAUAUUACUCAAAGUUUUGGUAGCUUAGAAUGGUCUGAUGGAAGAACUGUUGUUAGAAGUCCUAUAGCAUUUAGGUGGAAAAUACAGUAAAAGCUUGAUGUUUUAUUGUUAUGAUUGUAUAAUAAUAUAAUAAAACAUUAUGUCUGUAUACCAAGCCAAAGUAAUUCCAAAAAAACAGUUCAAUACAAAUAGCAAAACAACACUCUAAAUACAUUGGCCAGAUAACUGCAAAGUGAAAGCAAACCUAAUUGGCACUGAUACA